AACUUUACAACCUGUAUGAAUAUCGCCGCUGACCUUGAGACAACAGAUGCAAUACAUAUGCAUACCUAGGUUUGAUCAUUUGCGCUUGUAAAAAACUUUAAAAAAAUUGCAUUGGACAACAUAAUAUUGUUUGUUGUAAUUACGCAAACAUUAACAUAUAAAGUGUUAUUAAACAUAUAAGUGUGUUAAAUUAACAUAAAAAUUGUCACUCAAACGAUAACCUAACCACAAAUAUCUCAGAUAUCUUGUCUUUAUUGCUAUAAUUUCACAAUUACUAGAUAUUUUGACCAUUUUUUUUAUUGCUUAGAUGGCUGGACGAGCUCAGAGCCCACCUGGUGUUAAGUGGUUACUGGAGCCCAUAGCCAUCUACAACGUAAAUGCCACACCUACAUUGAGAUAUAAGUGCUAAGGUCUCAGUAUAGCUACAACGGCUACCCGGCCCUUCAAACCGAAACGCAUUACUGCUUCACGGCAGAAAUAGGCAGGGUGGUGAUACCUACCCGUGCGGACUCACAAGAGGUCCUACCACCAAAAGUCAUUUAAAAGCGACAUGAUAUUUAUAAGUUGAGAGGCGCGUUUUCCUCAAAUUUCUAACUUGAAUGAAAAGUUCUAUCAUUUCGGUAGCCCAUACCCAUACCAGAUACGAUUUUUUUUUCAUUCCUCUAUUAACUGAAGUAAAGUAAAAUCCUAUGUAAGAAUAAUAUCUUUCUAACAGUCUAUGGACGGAUAAUACUGCGCACUUUACUGCUUGUAGCAAUUAAUGAGUAAGAUAACACAAGUCAUGUCAAGUGAAACAAACAAACCGUCAAAUAAAAUAUUUAAUUCCAUUGGUGUUUUUAUCCACAUCCUAUUAUUAACAUUUUAAAGGUGACAAAAUAAUUAAGAGGUAUAGAUUUAAUAACCGUUCAUAUAUUUGUAUAAAAACAGGCAGAAGUACUUUCGCAGAUUUAUCAUUCUGUCUUGUAUUUAUGAAGUUCACGACUGAUGAAAAAAGAUGUUUUUGAAAAACAUUUUCAUUGAAUGUGUAUUGUUGUAUUUUGUAAUGUUAAAUACGUCGUUUGUGAAUACUAUGACGAAACAGCAAAUAAAAAACUCUGGUAAAAUAUUGAAGAAGGCUUGCAUCUCGAAAAACGAUGUUACUGAAGAUCAAAUUAGCGAUAUAGACAAAGGAAAGUUUAUUGAAGAUAAGAAUGUGAUGUGCUAUAUCGCCUGCGUGUACUCUAUGAGUCAAGUAGUAAAAAAUAAUAAAUUUGUCCACGACGCCAUGGUGAAGCAGGUCGAUAUGAUGUUUCCAACGGAAAUGAGAGACGCAGUGAAAGCCUCUAUAGCUAAUUGCAGAGGAGUUGCUAAAAAUUACAAAGACAUAUGCGAGGCAUCAUUCUGGACUGCAAAAUGUAUGUACGAAUUCGAUCCCGCUAACUUUGUGUUUGCCUGAUUGAUUCAAUGUAAAAAACUAAAUGUUUAAAAUUAAAAUUAAAAUUGCUUAUGAGAAAUAAAUUAAUGGAGGGUUAUAA